CCCCUCCUAAUGGAGCGAACCAUUCCCAGCUAGUCCUCCUCGCCAUCUCCCCGGUUCUCCCUCUUUUCUCUCCUUCUCCUCUGUCUCCCCCCUCGUCUGCAAAGUCCUCCGCUGCUCGGAACUUGUUGGCAAUGCCUAUUUUUCAGCUUUCCCCAACAUUCUCCAAAGUAACUAUUUAAAGAUCUGCAGUCGCAAAUGGUUUUACUAAAUGUAGGAUGGGACUUAAGUUGAACGGCAGAUACAUUUCUCUGAUCCUUGCUGUGCAGAUAGCCUACCUGGUGCAGGCGGUGAGAGCGGCGGGGCGGUGCGAUGCGGUCUUUAGGGGCUUCUCGGACUGUUUGCUGCGGCUGGGCGAUAACAUGGCCAACUACCCGCAGGACCUGGACGACAAGAGAAAUCUCCAAACGAUCUGCGCGUACUGGGAUGAUUUCCACGCCUGCACCCUCACAGCGCUCACCGAUUGCCAGGAAGGAGCGACAGACCUCUGGGAGAAAUUGAGACGGGAGUCCAAAAACCUCGAUUUCCAAGGCAGCUUAUUUGAACUGUGCGGAGGCGGCAGCGGCGCCGCAUCGUCCCUCCUCCCGCCGGCUUUGCCCGUGCUCCUGGCGGCUCUGUGGGCCGCCCUAGUGACCUGGCUGCCUUUUUAGGGGGGCGAGCACACCCACACCCACACCCUCUCCAUGUGCCGGAUCUCUCGAGGAAGUGUCCAUCCCUUGCUUUGGGGACGUUGUGCUUUUCUGUGGUUGAUGGUGGUGGUGGCGGCUGAUGGUGGUGAAACACCCGUGUAGGACUGUGGAAGCGUUUUCUCCCUUUCUUUUCUUUUUCUUUUAUUUUUUUUUUCUUUUGGUGUGUUUUAUUUGCCAAAUGUUACCAAACAGGCAGCGGCGUGCAGCCCGAAUCGGACCUCAGCUUUACUAUCGCUUCAAAUCAAAAAGAGAAACAAAUAAAAAUAAAAAACCCGAGCCCUCGUUGUGCAAAAGAAAUCUCAGGAACGGCUCUGGGCCACCUAAUGCUAACGUUAUACUCGGCCAGGAUAAACCCUGGCAGGCCACGGGCUCCUCUAGAAAUGUGGCAUUAUGCGAGGUGAGAACAAAAAGCAGAGAAAAAAAUAAAAAAGGCACUGGCGAUGAAUCCAAGGUAGAUGUCCACGUGUGAAGCAUAUGGUGAAUAAUUCACAAUCUCUCAUCUUUCCUCCACAGUCGCUUGUUUUUUGGUCAUCCCACUGAAAAAAAAAAUAAUAAUAUCAAUAAAUAAAUUAAAAGAGCGCAUUUUCUCAAGGGGAAAAGAGAGCGAGAGAGCGAGAGAGUGGGAAACGAACGGUUAAAAGAGGAAGGAAGAAAGGGACGAAGGAAAGACAGAGAUGUGUCUCGGUGCCCGGCGGAGUGAAGGAAUGCUGCUAACAGAUCUCCGAGAGUUACCUUUACUUGCUGUUCGAAGGCAUCUUUCCGAAUUCACUGCCUUUAAUUUUCUCCUCCUCUUUGUUUUAGAUGUUACACAUACCAGUAAAAUACCUGAUUAUCCAACAGUAGAGAUCACAAAAAGGGGGGCUUAAAUGUAAACCUAAAGGGAAAAAAAAAAAAAAAAAAAAAAAAAAAAAACAACAACAGCAAAUGAUUUU